AUGGCUCAGCUGACUCCACUUUUCAUCAAGGUUGCCAGACGUAUCCAGGUCUGCCUGAGAGGAGACUCGAAGCCAAAGCCCAGCUCAGCAAGGCCAGAGAAUUUCAGUGUAUCCCCGCGGGGCGCUGGAACUUCGUCUGGGUGCAUUUGUUUUUAUAAGCUUGGGUACGCAAGUCAUUUAAAAACAUGUGCUUGCCAGGGCAGAACAUCAUCUGAUGGCAGCAACCACCUGGUGCUGGCCACGACUGAGGAGGGAACACAUCAGGAAAAAGCAACACUUCUCUCCAUCUGCAAGAGGUGGACGCCAAGGCCCCGUUCAUUCCACCACCUCAAAUGUAAAUAAAUAGAGCCCUGGCCUUCCUACAGGGUUCUGUUGCUCCUUUCAUAAUGUGAGAUCCAUCUAGAUCCGGCAGGAGAACUUCUCUAAGGCCAUCAUAAAGGCAGUAGGAAGUACUGAUCUCAAACAGCACAGAGGAGGCUCCCCUCCAAAGAAGAGUGAAGCACAUCGUUAGAGAAUAAGAACACGGGGAAAUUAAGAGGUGAUCUUCAAAGGCUACAAUGAACAGCUCCUCUCUGCUUUCACACACUGUACAAGAAAAGACCUCCUUCAGUUCAGGAGGCUUUGGUUAACAGCCACAUUCUCAAUAUUCUGGGUUUCAAGGCCAAGAAAAUAAAUGUCACAGUGGAAACCUCAUGCUUUUUCAGGUGAUAUAAUCCAAAAAAUGUGUACAUCUCAAUAGUAUAAAGGACUCUGAAUCAGCCAGGGCUCAACUUGCUAUUCUCUUCCUUGCCUGCAAGACUUGACCUUGAGUUUCAGUGUCUCUC